AUUAAUCGCUAAAUGAGAAAAGUAUAGAUACCUUUUAAAACCUUUUAUUUCUAUUUUAUUUAUCGUUAAAUUGUGAAGUUUGAACCAGUGACAAGACGGACCGAGACUGGUGGAAUUCACCAUGCUAGGGUAUUUCAACUGCGCUUGGGCAUGUCUCGUUAUGUGUGGACUUUUUGUCUUUGCACACGGUGAUGGCAGCAGUCGAGGCCUUCUUAUUCACAAUGCAUUUCGUAAGAAGCAUCAUGUGGCUCCGUUGAUAUGGAACACCGACAUGGCGGAACGCGCUGAAAAGAUGGCGACAGACAUGGCAACAAAAGGAACAUUAGACGUCGCUCUUGUUAAAUCAGUCACCAAAUUUGGUGAAAAUGUCGCUCGAAUUUCAGACCCAAGUUCAACCAGUUCUGCCAGUUGUGAUAGUGCGUACGAAGAAGCAGUGAAAUUGUGGUAUAAUCAAGUAAAGGGAUACAGUUUCGCUGCCCCGAGCCUUGACUCUGAUACAGACACGUUUACUCAGGUCGUGUGGAAAGAUGUCUCCGAGCUUGGAAUGGGAUGUUGCAAAAGUCCUACGAAAAACGAAGUAUACGUCGUGGCUCUGUACAAUCCCCCUGGAAACAUCCCCAGCAAGCUUCGCGCUAAUGUGCUGGAUCCCACAGGAAAAUCUUCAGACGAUCUGUACGGAAGCAUCGCAAAACGAUUCCAAACUGUUCACCAUCAGAAGAAACAAAAUUAGAUUCUUAGUGCUGUAGUAUACUUACAACACAGUGUUGGAUGAGUUCUCGGUGAGCCAACACCGGGGGUUUUCACAACAAAACUUGGCCUUGUAAAGUUUGGAAUUGGAUCUUGUUAAUUGGUAAAAAAGAUCCAGUUUGCUUGUAGUCAGUUUGCGAGAAUACUUUGCGCAUGCCAAAAUAAUGCAAAUUAAGAAGGCAUAAACUUAUCAGACAAAACAAAGGCUUAAACAAUCGACUAAAGGGCGAUGAUAGUGUCUAGUUGCCACUCGACUGUCGUGGAAAUGAAGAAUUCGCACAGGACAAGCAAUAAGAUUUUUAACUUAAUUUUGAAGUUUUAUUAGAAUUUACAUAUAAUGUUGUUCUGUAUA